ACUCAGGAUAUUUACAUGUUUCUUUUUACUGUUUUCUUAUCUAUUGUGAGUUUAACUGUUCGCUAUGGAAGUCGUUACACUGAGGAAUCAUCAUAAUUAUGAGAUUAGAUAUUACUUUAUUCAUCCCCAGGGGGGAUUUAGUUGAAGCAGCAGCAAACAUGUUUACAAAUCUAAAUUAAAAACAUUCCUGCCAACUGGAAUUAGUCUGUACAAUAAAUCACCUCUGUCCUUUAUCUGGAAUGUUCUCCUGUAUCUGGAACGUUCUCCUGUAUCUGGAACGUUGUCCUGUAUCUGGAAUGUUCUCCUGUAUCUGGAACGUUGUCCUGUAUCUGGAACGUUGUCCUGUAUCUGUUGUCCUGUAUCUGGAAUGUUCUCCUGUAUCUGGAACGUUGUCCUGUAUCUGUUGUCCUGUAUCUGGAAUGUUCUCAACGUUCUCCUGUAUCUGGAAUGUUCUCAACGUUCUCCUGUAUCUGGAAUGUUCUCAACGUUGUCCUGUAUCUGGAACGUUGUCCUGUAUCUGUUGUCCUGUAUCUGGAAUGUUCUCCUGUAUCUGGAAUGUUCUCCUGUAUCUGGAACGUUGUCCUGUAUCUGGAACGUUGUCCUGUAUCUGGAACGUUGUCCUGUAUCUGUUGUCCUGUAUCUGGAACGUUGUCCUGUAUCUGGAACGUUGUCCUGUAUCUGUUGUCCUGUAUCUGGAACGUUGUCCUGUAUCUGUUGUCCUGUAUCUGGAACGUUGUCCUGUAUCUGGAACGUUGUCCUGUAUCUGUUGUCCUGUAUCUGGAACGUUGUCCUGUAUCUGGAACGUUGUCCUGUAUCUGUUGUCCUGUAUCUGGAACGUUGUCCUGUAUCUGUUGUCCUGUAUCUGGAACGUUCUCCUGUAUCUGGAACGUUUAUAAAUCACCUGAUGGGUCAGCCUUCAGAGGCCUCUGACUGACAGCUGAGACUGUGACGUUACCUCUAACUGCUGGAGACCAAUCGGAGAGCAUCCUUCCGGUAUUUUCUCUUCACGCCCCACCUCUCACGUGACCUAGGGGGGGUGGUCAAGUCUGAACCGGAAACAGUAAUCUCGCCUUCGCAGUAACAGCACGAGACGCUGGUCUCCGUUUUAAACAAGGAGACCACGACGCGUCACGUGGGUGAAACAAUUGCGUGUGACGAUGACGUGAUUGUGAUUUGAAGAAAUCGAUCACGUGUUCGCUGCUAUACUUUGUAAUACUCAAACAGUCUCUUAAUAUGGAAUCCGUGACCGGAAGCGUGAGUAGGCGUUGCCCUGGUGACGACCGGCCUACAGCGUAUGACGUCACUCCCCGUUGCUCUCCAACAUGGCGGCCGCUGCCCGCCUCCUUCCCGCCGUGGCGCUCGCGCUGUGGUCUGGUUUUCCCGCCGCGGUUUCCUCGCGCAGAGACGCGCUCGAGCUCGGCGACGCGGACUUUGAUUACCUAGCAACGGAGCACGAGACCAUGCUGGUGACGUUCUACGCUCCAUGGUGUGGUCAUUGUAAGAAAUUGGCUCCAGAGUUUGAGAAAGCAGCGACCAGACUGAAGGGAACCGUCCAGCUCGCCAAGGUGGACUGUACAGCUCACUCGGAGACGUGUGGGCGCUUCGGGGUGUCAGGUUACCCGACCCUGAAGAUCUUCAGGAACGGAAGGGACUCCACCCCUUACGACGGACCUCGCAGCGCAGAUGGGAUCUAUCACUACAUGAAGAAACAGACCGGACCAGACUCAGUUCACCUGCAGGCUGAAGAAGACCUCCAGACCUUCACGGACCACUACGAUGCCAGUAUCGUAGGUGUGUUCUCAGAUGCAGACGGCUCUCGGCUGCCAGAGUUCCUGAGAGCUGCCGCUCUGCUGAGGGAGCAGUUCAGGUUCGCUCACACUACAGAUCUGAAGCUGGCCCACGAGUACGGAGUCACCUCAGAGAGUGUGUUGCUGUUCAGACCGCCCAGACUGUCCAAUAAGUUUGAGGAGAGUGUCGUGGUCUUUAAAGAUUUCCUGACCAUCGGGUCUCUGAGACGGUUCAUCAGAGACAACAUUUCUGGUCUGUGUCCUCACAUGACGAUGGAGAACAGAGACCGGCUGAGAGUUCAUGACCUGCUGACCGCGUACUACGACCUCGACUACCAUCGCAACAUCCGAGGGUCCAACUACUGGAGAAACAGGGUGAUGAAGAUGGCGUCUAAAUAUUCUGGGCGGGGCCUGACGUUCUCUGUAGCCAAUCAGAAAGACUUCCUGUCAGAGCUGGAGGACGAGUUUGGCCUCGGGACCUCAGAAGGGGAGGAGCUGCCCUUCAUCACGAUCCGGACCCAACUGGGCCACAAGUACACCAUGAGGGAGGAGUUCACGCGGGACGGCCAGUCCUUGGAGAGGUUUAUAGAAGAUUACUUUGCAGGGCGACUCAAGCGUUACAUCCGGUCUGAACCGGUACCUGAGAGAAACGUGGCUGCUGUCAAGGUGGUUGUGGCUGAGUCCUUUGACGAUGUCGUCAAGGAUGGAGAGAA